AUGUAUCAAUAUAGAUUAAAUAUUUUAAAAGAAAGAAUUAAUUCAAAUGCAAUGAAGAAAUGGGGUAAUGGAACAAGAAAAAUAGAUGGACAAACAAUAACAAAACAAGAUAAAAUUUUAGAUAUAACAAGUGGGAAAUUAUGUUGGGUUAUUGGUACUAUAUUUUGUGAUGCAAAAUAUAAAUUAAAUAUUUUAAAUGAUGUUGAAAAAGGAAGUGAUGAUAUUUUACCAUUAGUACCAGUAAGUUAUUUAGGUGAUGAUGAUGGAAAUAAUGAUGAGCAGUCGAUUGUAAUGUUAGAAGAUGAAUCAGGUAGAGCAGUAUUACAUAAUGAAGAAUUUUUAAAAAAAAAUUUAUUAGUUACUGGAUGUAUUGUUGCAGUAUUAGGUAUUGAAAUUCAAGCAGGUAUAUUUGAAAUAAUGGAUGUUAUUUAUCCUAAAUGUGCACCUCAAAAAUCUUUAAAUUUACCAAUACAAGGAGAAAAUAAAAAAAUUGCAUUAAUUUCAGGUUUAAAUGUUGGUUUAAAUUCUAAUUAUGAUUUAAAAUUAGAAAUUUUAAAAGAAUAUUUAAUUGGAGAAUUAGGUGGUGAAAAUGAUAGGAACUUUAAUAGUAAAAUAUCACAAUUAAUUAUAGUUGGAAAUUCAAUUGAACCUAUUCGAGAUAUAACAUCAGAAAAUGAUUUAAAAAAUUUUAUAACAACAAAUAAUUAUGGUUCAAAAAAUAUUUCAAAAUAUAAUAAUGAAUCAUUGGUGUUAUUAGAUCAAUUUUUAAAUGAUUUAUUAAUUAAUUUACCAAUUUCAAUAAUGCCUGGAGAAAAUGAUCCUUCUGAAAUUUGUUUACCUCAACUACCAUUACAUAAAUCAUUAUUUAAAUUAAAUCAAUCAAUAAUUGGACAAAAUAGAUUAUCAAGAUUAACAAAUCCCGUAUGGUUUGAAAUUAACAACAUAAAAUUUUUAGGAACAAGUGGUCAAAAUGUUGAAGAUAUUAAAAAAUAUAUCCCCAAAUCUCAACAACAAUUAAAUUCAUCAAUAGAAAUAAUGAAAUCAAGUAUGAAAUGGCAAAAUUUUAUCCCCACAGCACCAGAUACUUUAUAUUGUUAUCCUUAUGAUAAUUAUGAUCCUUUUAUUUUUAAUAAAGAUUUACCUCAUUUAUAUUUUGUUGGAAAUCAACCUAAAUUUGAAACUGAUAUAUAUAAAUGUGUUGAUUCUAAUUCUACAGUUAGAUUAAUUAGUAUACCUGAUUUCAAAAAAACUGGAGAAUUUGUGGUAUUAGAUUUAAAUACUCUUGAACCUGAAGUUAUUAAAAUUGAAUUAUGA